AGAGAUCCAGAAGCACAACGACAGCAAGAGCACCUGGCUGAUCCUGCAUUACAAGGUGUACGAUGUGACCAAAUUUUUGGAGGAGAUAAGGUAUUUGGUGCAAUCGUUUACAUCACUAUUCCAAGCCAUUUCUGAAUUCACAUCUUAUUGGAAACCAAAUUUCUAAUGUCUGGCACUCCUUCUUGCGAGAGCACCGGAAUCACAACUAACUGCUGAACAGUCAUUGACAGGAAAACACUGGAACUCACCAAAAAUGAUACCCCACAUCUAAAGACAAAGGAGAAGCCACAAUGAAACGGUAAAAGGGGUACGAUCACGGUAAAAUCAAAUCCCAUAACCGCUGGGUGGGCGACUCACAAACUGGAGAACAGUACCACAGAAGUCCACCCACUGGAGUGAAGGUUCUGAGCCCCAUGUCAGGCUUCCCAACCUGGGGGUCUGGCAAUGGGAGGAGGAAUCCCCAGAGAAUCGGACUUUGAAGGCUGGUGGGAUUUGAUUGCAGGACUUUGACAGGACUGGGGGAAACAGAGACUGCACUCUUGGAGGGCACACACAAAGUCUUGUGUGCACCAGGACCCAGGGGGAAGGAGCAGUGAGCCCACAGGAGACUGAGCCAGACCUACCUGCUGGUGUUGGAGGGUCUCCUGCAGAGGCGGGGGGUGGCUGUGGCUCACCGCGGGGACAAGGACACUGGCAGCAGAAGUUCUGGGAAGUACUCAUUGGCAUGAGCCCUCCAGGAGUCAACCAUUAGUCCCACCAAAGAGCCUGUAGCCUCCAGUGCUGGGGCGCCUCUGGCCAAACAACCACCAGGGAGGGAACCCAGCCCCACCCAUCAGCAGACAAGCAGAUUAAAGUUUUACUGAGCUCUGCCCACCAGAGCAACAGCCAGCUCUACCCACAACCAGGCCCUCCCUGCAGGAAGCUUGCACAAGCCUCUUAGAUAGCCUCAUCCACCAGAGGGCAGACACAAUCACAGAGAGAUAGGCAAAAUGAAAAGGCAGAGGAUUAUGUCCCAGAUGAAGGAACAAGGUAAAACCCCAGAAAAACAACUAAAUGAAGUGGAGAUAGGCAACCUUCCAGAAAAAGAAUGCAGAAUAAUGAUAGUGAAGAUGAUCCAGGACCUUGGAAAAAGAAUGGAGGCAAAAAUCGAGAAGAUGCAAGAAAUGUUUAACAAAGACCUAGAAGAAUUAACAAACAAACAGAGAUGAACAAUACAAUAAGUGAAAUGAAAAAUACACUAGAAGGAAUCAGUAGCAGAAUAACUGAGGCAGAAGAACGGCACCCUGGUGGGGAAGAAGUCUUAAGGGAACAAGCUGGAGGUGAUGCUACUGAAAACUUUGAGGAUGUCGGACACUCUACGGAUGCUCGAGAAUUGUCCAAAACGUUUAUCAUUGGGGAGCUGCAUCCAGAUGACAGGUCAAAGAUAACCAAGCCUUCGGAAACUCUUAUUACUACUAUUGAUUCUAAUUCCAGCUGGUGGACCAAUUGGGUGAUCCCAGCCUUCUCAGCACUGGUUGUAGCCCUGAUGUAUCACUUCUACACAUCGGAACACUAAACACGUUCUCAGAAGCCAAUGGAAGAAAAGACUGCUUUGGUCUGGGGAGAAAGAAGCCACCGUUAACUGCUUCAACUGACAGAACCCUUCACCUGAAAAUGAUUUGAAUACACCUGUUUUCCUUUCCUCCUACGUUAGACACAAAACAAACCAAAAAGAACUGUUCUUUCUACUCCUGAACUUUUAGAGUGUGCCUUUUUAUUCAUCAGCUUUGUUUUGAUGUUCCAUCACUAUGUCAUUUGCUUAUUGUGGGCACAAUCUUUUAAAACAUACCACCGUGUUUGGCUGUCUGUUUGAUAUGUAAUUGUCUUUAAUGUUUGGAAUCUGAUUAUUUGGCAGUCAUUUAAUGUGCUAAUCUUUCAGAUCCAAGUUGUCUGUCUGAUGUGAGUAGGGGUGUCCUUGGAUCUCUUCUUGUGUUGCUUCAUCUAAUUGAAUAAUCAGGUAUUGCAUGUUUCCAAUGUAGUUUUUUUUUUUCAAGGAAAUUAAGGAAGGCCCAGAAAUAAUAGCUUAAAGAUUUCUAAUAAUUGUUCUACUUGAACAAUCAUAUAGAUGAUAAAAAGAGAAAGUGGCCUGCAAGACCUAGAAAAGAUACUCCAUCUUUUCUUUGAUUGAAAACACCAGCAACAUCAACAAAAGCCUGUGAACCAUGAGAGAACAUUACCACUGUCCCUUCUCUCAGCGUAAACAUGUCAUUCCGAAGAGAUUCUCAGUUAUACGGGUUCUCAGGUUUUACAGACUCCUCCUUCAGAGCUGAAAACCGUUUACGUGCUCCUGUAAAGAAAUGGUGAUUCCCUAAUUUGUAAAAACACACAUUUGAAAGAGAUUGUGGGACAUUUGGAAUCUGAUUUUUGAAGAAAUUUAGCUCUGGUGAUGGGCCAUGAAGAACUCUGGUGUGGACUGAUUCAGUGGACUGAUUGAGUCAUCCCGUCUUUGUUUAUUAUUCUCUGCCCAGUGCUUUUUUCUUUAAAUGUCGAAACUUGAGAGAUGAAUUUAUAGACUCGAAGUACUUUGUAGUUAGCGAUGAUUGUCCAUUGGCCUGCUAGCCGACUGACGAGCCAUGGAGUGCUUCAGAAAUAACUAAACACAUUGGAAAGGAAUUUGUUUAAAUUACAGAGCAUAGAUUUUUAUAAUCAAUGACAUGUAUCACCCUCUGCCUUUUUUGUCACUGGAAGUUAGAGCGAAUGUAGGAGGGCAGUGGGGCAGCUGUCUCUAUCACAUGGGAAAAUACCUUGCAGAGGAAUCCUUUGUUUAGAUUUUAAUAAACAUAAGCCUGGAACAAAAUCAUGCCUCUUGUAAUGGACUUGAAGUGCCCGACACAUCCCUCUGCGUUUUGAUACAUCGACAGACGAGUCAGCAGGCUCUGCUGUAACGUGCUGUCAUGACUGUGUAAUCAUGGAUAGGUCAGUAGCUAAAUAAAAAUGCCUGUGGGACCUUCA